AUGCUACACGACUUCCUGGGACUGCCCCAGCUUACUCCUCCGUCCAAGCUGAGACACACCAGGAGCAUCCGUUCCAUGGUCGACGAGAUUCUCGCCAUCUUGCCACUGGACGAACUCCGCGCUCUGUUCGACGAGAAGCUGCAAACCAGCCCCGACUUCAAGGAGCUGUACGACAGGAUCAGGUCUCCCGAAUUCCAGUCGAUCGUGGAAACUCUGAACUCUCUGCCAGAGUACCAGGAGCUGCUCCAGAAACUGAGGGACGUCGGGAUCGACGUCGACGCAUUCAUUGAUCUGAUCCGCGGACUUUUCGGCCUGCCAACCAGGUCGAAGUAUUAA